AUGCCGGCCCGCCUGCUGCUCGGGACCCUGCUGCUCCUGGCCUCGGCGGUUGGCCCGGCCGGGGCGCGCCCGUCCAACACAUCGAGCGCUGAGCCACCGGGCCCGCUGCCCGCCCUGCUGGCGCACCUGCGACGCCUGACCGGGGCGCUGACGGGCGGCGGCGGGGGCGCGGCCGGCCCGGGGUCCAACGGCACCAAGGGCAGCCCUGCGGGCAGCGCGGGCGCUGCAGCGCGGGCGCCCCCUCCCGCCGAGCUGUGCCACGGCUACUACGACGUCAUGGGUCAGUACGACGCCACCUUCAACUGCAGCACUGGUUCCUACCGCUUCUGCUGCGGCACCUGCCACUACCGCUUCUGCUGCGAACACCGCCACAUGCGCUUGGCGCAGGCCUCCUGCUCCAACUACGACACACCGCGCUGGGCCACCACGCCUCCGCCGCUGGCCGGGGGCGCUGGGGGCGCCGGGGGCGCAGGGGGAGGGCUCGGGCCCGGGCAGGCUGGCUGGCUGGAAGGAGGCCGAGCCGGGGGCGCUGGGGGGCGAGGGGGCGAGGGUCCCGGGGGCAGCACAGCCUACGUGGUGUGCGGCGUUAUCAGCUUCGCCCUGGCCGUGGGCGUCGGCGCCAAAGUGGCCUUCAGCAAGGCGUCCGGUGCGCCCAGGGCGCACCGCGAGAUCAACGUGCCUAGGGCUCUAGUGGACAUUCUGAGGCACCAGGCAGGGCCUGGGACCCGCCCUGACCGAACCAGAAGCAGCUCCCUGACUCCAGGGGCUGGAGGUCCUGACAGCAUGGGCCCUAGGACACCCAAGAAUCUGUACAACACCGUGAAGUCCUCCAAUCUUGACUGGCGAGCCGUGCCGCCGCCCAGCCCCUCUUUGCACUACUCCACGCUCUCCUGCUCUCGGUCCUUUCACAACCUCGCGCAUCUACCCCCGUCUUACGAGGCCGCGGUCAAGUCGGAACUCAACCGCUACUCUUCCCUCAAGAGGCUGGCCGAGAAGGACCUGGAUGAGGCUUACCUGAAGCGCUCGCACCUGACAGAGAUGCCCCGUGGGACGUUGCCCUUGCACGCGCUGCGGCGCCCCGGCACAGGUGGCGGCUACCGCCUGGACGGCUGGGGCAGCCCCGAGGAGCUGAGUCUGGCUCCAGCACCCAACCCGCGGCGGGUCAUGUCCCAGGAGCACCUACUGGGCGACGGAGGCCGAGGCUCGCGCUACGAGUUCACACUGCCGCGCGCGCGCCUGGUGUCACAGGAGCACCUGGUGUUGUCCUCACCCGAGGCACUGCGCCAGAGCCGCGAGCACCUGCUGUCACCACCGCGCAGUCCCGCACUGCCCCCGGAGCCGACCGCCCGGGCCAGCCUGGCCGCCUCUCACUCCAACCUGUUGCUGGGUCCCGGGGGGCCCCCUACACCCCUGCACGGGCUGCCGCCCCCGCCCGGCCUGCAUGCCCAUCACCACCACCACGGCCUGCACGGGUCGCCGCAGCCCGCCUGGAUGGCGGACGCGGGCGGGGGUGGCGGCACGCUGGCUCGCAGGCCCCCCUUCCAGCGCCAGGGCACCUUGGAGCAGCUGCAGUUCAUCCCAGGCCACCACCUGCCCCAGCACCUGCGCACUGCCAGCAAGAACGAGGUGACUGUCUGA